GACGGCGAAAUGGUAACGACCGGGAACGGCAAAAAAUACUUCACGGGCUUUGAACAAAAUGGUCUGGUGUACGACGUUGCCACCACAAAUUGUUGCAAACUAGGAAUGAAACUUGCCGAAUUCACCACGAUCGCCAGCUGGAACAACUUUCUCGCCUACUUCAAACCCCAAACCUUCUCCAGCUGGGACUACUUCGGACAAACGAAGGACAACGGCAACAAAACAGACACGUGGUGCUUCUCCCGCACUCUGGUACCCAGCGGAAUCAUUCCCGCGUACAUGUACAACAUUCCGUGCGGCACCAAGAACCUGAUCGUGCUCACCCCGGGAGGAAAUCUCACCUACAUCAACCCUGCAAAUUAUAUCCACCGCUACUUCUGCGAGUAGUUUUGUUCGUGAUUGG